AUGACUAUCCACCAACCGUCGUGGAACAUCUUCAAGCACUUUGACAAGGUCAUCUUGCUCACUCGAGGUCAAAUCUACUACUCUGGUCCACCCGCCCGAGCUCCAGCAUGUUUCCUUGCUAACCUCGCUGCGAAGAACAAAGCUGCCGAAUCCACUUCCACUGAUACGGCGCUAACGCAACGACCCGAACUGGACUGCAAAACAUCGCGCAUCGUGCCCAAAAGCCGCGACGCAAACGAAACUGCUGGAACAUGGCCUAAUUCCUGGUUCCACGAACUCUGGCUCCUUAGUCACCGCAACGUCAUACUCGUCGUCAAAGAUCCAACGGUGGCGAUUGCCUCGUUCGCGCAGAACAUUGUCCUGCUCAUCAUCGUCGGCUUUGACUUUUUCAGGCUAGACCUGAAUCAAGGCGGUGCACUCGCACGUAUCGGUGCUCUCUUCAUCAUUCCUGUCAAUGCUUCAAUCGCCGUUCUCUCUCCCAUUCUUGCCAUCUUCCCGUUGCAACGAGACGUCAUGCUUCGCGAACGAUCCGCCAGCACUUACCGAAUCUCUUCCUUCUAUCUCAGCAAGAUCAUCACCGAAGUACCCAACCAGGUCAUCCAACGAAUCUUCCUCUAUGCGGUAGUCUAUUGGAUGGUAGGACUGCGUCAAACAGCAGGCGCCUUUUUCAUUUGGCUCGCUAUCAACGUCCUCCAGGUCGGUACUGCUAUCGGUUUGGGUCUCGUUAUCGGUUGCGGAGCACAAAGCAUCGAGCUGGCCAAUGUCUUUGCUCCGGUCAUCAACGUCAUCUUCCUCCUCUUCGGUGGUAAUCUUUUACCGCUCUCGAGUAUUCCACCUUGGUUCAUUUGGCUGCAUUGGAUUUCACCUAUUACUUAUACAUACUCAGCGCUGGCACAGAACGAGUUUAGGAACAUCCAAUUCAGUUGCGAGGCGGAUUCAGCUCAAUGUUAUAGGACAGGACAGGAUGUGCUCAAUCAGUACGAAUUGCAGACUUUUACGAAUGCAGAGAAUGCCGGAUUCUUGGGAGCUAUCACUUUUGUUUUCCUGAUCAUUGGAUACGUGUUGUUGAGGUGGUUGGGUAGACCGCCGUUUAGAUACGUUCAGCCUAGGGCUUCGUUGUCGCAGGGUUCUUUGUCGAAGUGA